GCUCAGCACAGCAUGUCAACUGGGGGAAGAGUGAGAUCUAGACAGAAAAUCCUGACUGGAUUAGCUACGGCACUGGUCAAGACUCCAGUUCCUUCGCCCAUCUGAGCUACACAGGAGGGUUUCUUACCUGUCCACCCUGCCCCCAUUUGCCAUGUCGCUGGUGGGAAGCCUGGACACCAUCUCGGCGGCAGAAGCCCUGAUUGCCAUUGCUGUUUUCUGCCUGGUUUCCAUCGCUAUCAAAUCCCUCCGGAAGCCGGUGCCACGGGGCCUAAAGAGUCUCCCAGGGCCAUGGGGCUACCCAUUCAUUGGCAACAUGUUGGAUCUGGGGCAGAACCCCCACUUGAGUCUGACACAAAUGAGCCAGAAGUACGGAGAUGUGAUGAAGAUCCGUAUUGGCAUGAGGCCGGUGGUAGUGCUAAGUGGUCUCGAGACCAUCAAGCAGGCCUUGGUGAGGCAAGGAGGAGACUUCAUGGGCCGCCCUGACCUGUUCAGCUCCCACCUCGUGUCAGGAGGCAACAGCCUGGCUUUUGGCACAGACUCUGGGCCGGUAUGGCAGAUGCGCCGGAAACUGGCCCAGAGUGCCCUCAAAAGCUUCGCUGCUUCCCCCAGCCCUGACUCCUCAUCCACUUGCCUAUUGGAAGAGCAUGUCUCCAAAGAGGCCAGCUACCUGGUGAUGAAACUGCAGCAGGUAAUGCUGGAGAAGAAGAGCCUCGACCCUUACCGGUACCUGGUGGUCUCUGUGGCCAAUGUCAUCUGUGCCAUUUGCUUUGGCAAGCGCUACAGCCAUGACGAUGAGGAGCUGCUCAGCAUAGUGAAUGUGAGCGAGGAGUUUGUGGAGUUUGCAUCCUCCGGCAACCCGGCUGACUACAUUCCUGCCCUCCAGUACCUCCCAAGCAACAAUGUGCAGAAGUUUAAGGCCAUCAACCGACGCUUCACCACCUUCCUGCAGAAGAUCAUCCAAGAGCAUUAUGAGAGCUUCAGCAAGGAUAGCAUCCGGGACAUCACAGACUCCCUCAUCGACCAAAGCCAAGAAAACACAAAGCUUCAAAUCUCAUCUGAAAAAAUAGUGAACCUCGUCAAUGACAUCUUUGGGGCAGGUUUUGACACAGUGACCACAGCCUUGUCCUGGUGCCUCAUGUAUCUUGUUGUCUAUUCAGAAAUCCAAAAGAAGAUUCAGGAAGAAAUAGAUGAGAGCAUUGGCCAAGAGCGCAAGCCCGGGCUGUCGGACCGUCUCCUGAUGCCUUACACCGAAGCCUUCAUCCUGGAGGUGUUCAGGCACUCCUCCUUCCUGCCCUUCACAAUCCCUCACUGCACAACCAAAGACACCAUUUUGAAUGGCUACUACAUCCCAAAGGACGUCUGUGUCUUUGUCAACCAGUGGCAAGUCAACCAUGAUGAAACCCUUUGGGAAUCCCCUUCCUCCUUUAAGCCAGAGCGAUUCCUGACUGCCAAUGGGAAGGGCAUCAACCGGGAUGAGAGCGAGAAGGUCCUGGCAUUUGGCCUGGGGAAGAGGAGGUGCAUUGGAGAGCCUCUUGCCCGUUGGCAGGUCUUCCUCUUCUUAGUCACUUUGCUCCAGCAACUGCAGUUCAGUGUCCCUGACGGGGUGAAGGUGGACAUGACCCCUCGCUAUGGCCUCUCCAUGAAGCACAAGCGAUGCGAGCACUUCCAAGUGAAACGGCGCUUCCCACAGAGGAGCCAUGAGUGAACGGCAAAGACACAACUCCGUGUAAGGGGUGGGGAGGAACACAACUGUCUAUGUGUGCAUUAGGGCAGUUCAUAAAAAAACAUUUUUUUGAAAAUGCCUGCUCCAAAGGUCUUACCGUACUACACUAGGGAUUAUAUAGGUAAAGGUAAAGGGACCCCUGACCAUUAGGUCCAGUCAUGAUCGACUCUGGGGUUGCGCGCUCAUCUUGCAUUAUUGGCUGAGGGAGCCGGCGUACAGCUUCCAGGUCAUGUGGCCAGCAUGACAAAGCCGCUUCUAGCGAACCAGAGCAGCACAUGGAAACGCCGUUUACCUUCCUGCUAUAGCGGUUCCUAUUUAUCUACUUGCAUUUUGACAUGUUUUCGAACUGCUAGGUUGGCAGGAGCUGGGACCAAGCAACGGGAGCUCACCCCGUCACAGGGAUUCGAACCGCCGACCUUCUGAUCAGCAAGCCUUAGGCUCAGUGGUUUAGCCCACAGCGCCACCUGGGUCCCUAGGGAUUAUAUAGCUACAGGUAUAUCUGAAAUUUUAUGCAUAUCAGUCAAUAUAUUGACCCUCCUCCACGAAAAUAGCUGUAUACUUGGCCGUUUUCCUAUGUCGUGAAGGCUGAAAUUCCAGUUCAGUGGAGCAGGGUCAUCUUGCAUCUAUUACUAAAAAAAAAGCAAGCAAAUAUUAACUAUGCUAGGGAAAAGUGCACUGAAAUGUUCAUUUCAGGAGAAAUUCACACAAGAAUGUUGGUGAGUUUUAACAAGGAAUUAAAUGAAUAUCUAAUGGCAAACUGAUUUAGGUACUUAUUUUAUUUUAUUUAUGAAAUUUCUAUACUACCCUUCACCUGAUGAUCACAGGGCGGUUCACAAUAUAAUGUCAAAAUAGGAAGAGUGGAAAUUCAGGUUGGAAAUUAAGAAACUCAUAGAAACUUAAAUGGACAAGUUUACCCAUCCCUACCCCUGGAGUAGAUCAUAACUCCCCAUUGUACGGAACAAACAAGAAGAUGUAACAAAGAGCAUUACAAAAGAUAUAUUUUAGAAUGAAGUGCUUUAGAAACAAUGUGUACAUUGCAAUAAAAUAGAUAUUUAAAUAUGGAG